AUGACGGAUGUGUAUUUGGUGCGGCAGGGUCUAAAUGCUAACCCAUUAGGAGAGGAGUAUGUAGCUCAUGUCUCCUACAUGUUCAGCUUCCUACGAGUCAGAUGGCUGAAGAUGUGGGCCCAGAAAGUCUCUCAGGCAGAGAUGGAGCUGAGGAUCUCUCAGUGUGUGUUUGACCGACAGGCAGAGAUCACCAGACUACUGCUGGAGGGAAUCAACACUACACAUGCUGCCCAUUUGAGAAGCCUGUCUGACUUUGUAGAAGCCCAGGGUAGCUACUACGCUCAGCGUUACCAGCUCACACAGGACCUACACACCCAACUGGCCUGCUCUCCCCCUCUGAUCUGCUACAAUAGCAACUGGCACUUAGAAACUAACCAACCCUCCACAGGUAACCUGCCCUUAGCAACCAUUCAGCCCCUAGCAACCUGUGACUCUUCAACAACCAACCAGACAACUAGCCAACCCUUAGCAACCAACCAGGCAAACAGCCAACCCUUAGCAACCAACCAGGCAGCCAACGAGUCCUCAAAAACCAAGAAGUCCUCGACAACCAAUAAGUCCUUGACAAACAACCAGACAAGCAGCCAAAUCUUAGCAACCACUGGAUCCUCUACAACCAACCAGCACAGAGGUCUGACUCCGACCCGUCAGAGCGAGGUCUCCUGGUGA